GGGGUGGCGGGCGGUUGCCGGGGGACCGCGGGCCCCUCUCCUCCGCCCCCCGCCCCCCCCGUCCGGGGCCGGCCCAGCCCCCUGCGCCGGCCGGGCGGGAGCUGCGGCGGCGGCGAGAGGCGGCGCCGCUCCAAGAUGUCGCAGACGGCCAUGUCCGAGACCUACGAUUUUUUGUUCAAGUUCUUGGUUAUUGGAAAUGCAGGAACGGGCAAGUCUUGCUUACUUCAUCAGUUUAUUGAAAAAAAAUUCAAAGAUGACUCAAAUCAUACAAUAGGAGUGGAAUUUGGCUCAAAGAUAAUAAAUGUUGGUGGCAAAUAUGUAAAGUUACAGAUAUGGGAUACAGCAGGCCAAGAACGAUUCAGGUCUGUGACAAGAAGCUACUACAGAGGAGCAGCUGGCGCCCUCCUGGUCUAUGACAUCACCAGCCGAGAAACCUACAAUGCGCUUACUAAUUGGUUAACAGAUGCCAGAAUGCUAGCGAGUCAGAACAUCGUGAUCAUCCUCUGCGGGAACAAGAAGGACCUGGACGCUGAUCGGGAAGUCACCUUCCUAGAAGCCUCCAGGUUUGCUCAAGAAAACGAACUGAUGUUUUUGGAAACAAGCGCACUAACAGGGGAGAAUGUAGAAGAAGCCUUUGUACAAUGUGCAAGAAAAAUACUUAACAAAAUUGAAUCAGGUGAGCUGGACCCAGAGAGGAUGGGCUCAGGUAUUCAGUACGGAGAUGCCGCCCUGAGACAGCUACGGUCACCACGACGCUCACAGGCUCCAAGCGCUCAGGAGUGCGGCUGUUAGAAGCAGCACAGGAAGACACAGGUUCAUACAAUGGUAUUUGAGACACAAUUGUCGGAGCUUGAAGAAUCUGAAGUUUUUUAUCACCAUCUUUUUCUACUUUAUGCAGAAGUAGAUCUUUGUGCAAAAAAAAAAAAAGAUGUGGCACAGCAAACCAAAUCAUAUAAUAAACCUAAUUCAAUGGACAGUCCCAUUAGAUGUAAACAUGUACGUAAACACUUUCUGUUCCAUAUUUUCCCUUUCCUCUUUGGUUGAAAUCCUGGCUAUGUACUGUACAUACUCCAGCCGGGAAGUCUCCACAGCAUGGCAUCUGACGUGUGAUCCGACGGAACUGGCACUAAAUGCAGUCUAAUUUUUUUUUUUAAUCAUGUCAACUAAAACUUGCUAAUCGUGAGGUGUGCUUUGCUCAUCACAUUGCUUACAAGGCCAGUCGGUUCUCUUUAUGACCUGAGGUUCAGAGACUCUGGCGUCUAGGCCAGGACAGUGUUGAUUUAGCUCUGCUUCCCUCUGUCCACAAGGCGUUGACAUGACCACACUUGAAACACUAGAUCGGUAGUUAACUCACAAAGCAAAAUAAAAUGAAAAAUUGAGUCUUUCCAGCUCCAUCCAGGAAGUGUAGCCUGAGUACCUGCUCUGUGUGAGGCACUGUGAGGCACAAAAGGAUUCCGCACUUGAACCAAACUUAACUCGGCAACAGAUUCUACCCUCAACUGUUGGUAAAUGCAACAGACCAAGUAACUUGGGACUGCUUGUCUGUUCCCAGUUUGCUGACUUGGUCUCCCUACUACAAAAAACACAUUGUUUACUCCUUGCUUUUUGUGGGUUUCAGCAUUACAGUUACCACUGCCUCUUUUUUAAGUCUUUUAUUGUUUUGUGUUUAAGGAAACCCACCAAAUCAAGUUAAUAUUAAAGGGAAACCAUCCCUUAGGAAAUUUCUGUAGUGCUUUUGCCGAAUACUUAAAUGCCUUACUUACCGUUAUCAAGUUGACAUGUUUUUAAUUCACAUAAGGUUUGUUGAAAUAUAAUAUAUAUUGUAUUACAAAGAAGUGUUCUAAUAUUUUAAAAUGCAAUGCAAAAAAUACAGUGUAGCAUUUUUUCCUUAAAGUGGAAGUAUAGUAUUUAAGGCUGCAAGGUCAGAAAGGUCAUCUUACCUGUUCUUCCACUGUGACUUUUUAGCUGCGACUGCUUGGCAGAUUUCAUUACCACUUAGUGAGUUAGACAAUCCCUACUGCUUUUUGUUGCUUUAUUUUCAUCAACAGCAUAGUGGCAUUACAAACUCUGGGAAGUGAUUUUUAAAACACCAUCUGCUUUAGCUCUUUUAAUUUUGCUUUUAUAACGCCUUAUUUUCUUUUAAGAAAUCCUCAUAUGAAGCAAAUCCUCAGACAGAACUAUUUCCUGGACCUCACUGGAAGAAUUGUUUCAUUUAUGAUACUUUUGCAAGCUGCUCAUUUUUGAAGUUUCUUGUCUGGGUUAGGAACAUGUCCAUCUAACAUCAAUUUGUUCAAAAGCAAGAAAUUUAGAAAUAAGCUAAAUGUCAAGUUGAUUUACAAAUGAACCUGUUCAUUAAACCACAGGCACUGUAUUUCCAUUCCACAUCCUUUGGCCAAUAAAAGUUGCUAGAGAACUAGUGGUUCUUAAUAGAAGGCCUUUAGAAAAAAAUAAAGAGGGGAGGUGAUUUGGAAUUGGGAAAUUCAAAGGGUUUUAGAACUAGGGACAGAAACCAAAUGUAUUUCUUAUUCCACAGUUAGUCUAGUAACAAGCGUCAUACAUACAUUCCCCACAACUUAAGUUUUCUGGAUGCUCUUAAUUUACAUUUCUAGAAAAGUAUUACUUCACUCUUCUUAGAAACAAAUUCUAAGCUCCCCUUAGGCUUGAGGUUAUAAUUUAUUCUUUUGCAGUCCAGCAUUUACAUGAAAAUAAGAACAUCAGAAUACUGGGAUUCUGUAAUGAUUUUAUUGAGAACCUAACACCUGUGAAUUACAUAAGAAUUUUUGGAAUCUUUCAGAACAUUGAUCCCUUGCCAAAGCAUUCGCCAUUGCUCAAAUCAGAACCUUAAAUGAUUUGUCAUUCACACUGUGACACAGUUGAUGAUUCUUCAUUCUCUGCCAAAUUUGUCUUUUUUUUUCUUUGAAGGCAGAACUAGACUUUAAAACUCCUCUAAGUUUUUAAUCAUGUUUUGUACCAGCUGUACAGUGAGUCUUACUUUCUGUUCAUGUACCUAUACCUACCUGUUCAUUUACAAACCACUAGACUUGGUCUCUGGUUUUGCUUGGUCACUCCCAAUUGUGUAAACUUCUUUGAUGAGCUGUUUUUAGAAUUUUAGAGGAACUGUUCUGAGAACACGCAACCUACUAGUUGCAGAAAGACAAGUGACUUGAGUAAAUUGUUACCAUUACCCUCUGACUAUACUGCUUACUGCUAGAAAAUACUGUGAUCAGAGAGUCUUUGUUUUUGUUUUGUUUUGUUUCCUUUAAAAUAGCAUUGAUACGCUUUUCAAGUUCUUAUAAGGAGGUUUUCAAACAUACACAAGUAUGGAGAAGAUCGCCCAAUGAACCACAGUAUCAUCCAGCUUCAACAAUCAUCCACAUUGAGCCAAUCUUGUUUUAUCUACAUUUACCCACUUUUUUUAGGCUGUAGUAUUUUAAAACAUCCAAGGCAUCUGUCACCUCACCCAAAAAUAGUUCAGUGUUCAUCUCUGGCAAGAAUUUUGUUUUUAAUUUUUAUAAUCAAUCUAUCUUUGGAAAUUUCUGAAAUAGAAGGCCAGGAAUGGUUAUGCUUUCUCUUAUCUUGCAAUUAUAUGAGGUUGAUUUUCUAAAACAAAAUUGAAAAAGCAAAAUGCACAUCUUUCAUACAGUGUUCCUGGAGGUUAUUUCCCAGCAUGUGGCCAUUUGGACCAGAAGUGCUGUCCCCUGGCCCAAAGGACAGUCAGGCCCCCAGCAGGCGGCCCGUCCUCAUGGCCAGCACAGACAGCUGCAGGGGCAUCGAGCCGCACAGGGCUGGCUGUUCAGAGCCUCAUUAUGGCCACGGCCAGUGCAAUUCCAUGAAGUAGACCUAAUCUGAAUCCUCUCCAUCUGUGUACAUACCAUUAUGAAGAAUGUAUUUGACUUUGACGCAUGCGUUUCGCCACACUUGGAUGCACGCUCACUAAAUAUGAAGUGAAUGGAGCCACAUCAGAAACUUGCAAUAACUCCGUGCUCCUUCGUGCCAGAGGACAGCUUCCUUUGCCUUCUGUGGGAGCCAGAGGAGGAGUAUACAAGCUGUGCUUCAACAACUUUCUCUUACUUCUUAAUGUAAUGUGUAAAUUUCCUUCUGAAGAAGACCAGAGUUAAGAAAACAAACUUGCUAAAUUUUGGAAUAUUUUAUAUUCCAAAAUAUCCUGCAAAUAAUUAUGAUGACUAAAUAUUUAAGGACCAACUAUGUAUGAGUGUAAAAUGUGAAUUUCUGUAGGUUGGGUGGGAUGCCCUCAAAUCAUUUCACAUUGAAUAGGAAGUUUUGUGAGAUGGUUCAUCAGACUAAUUCUACCACAUGAUUCUCCUUUCUAGAAAGUCAUCAUGUUGGGUUCUGUGGCCAUAAAUGUCGUGCCCUCAUACUAUGACCAUCUCCCCGGGAGGGACGUGAUGCUUUAAAAUACCUGUGCAUUUCUCCGGACACCCCUAGCUGUCACAUCACAGCACAGGCUGUGACUCCCUCACCUAUGACCUCCCC